GGGACGGUGUGGGAGGAGGAAAAGAGCAGACGCCAGGCAUGUGUUCCUGGUUUUGACGUUCUUAGAGAGGUCGCGUCCUGAAGGGGCAGCUGGAGCGAGCUUUUCAUCCCCGCUUUCUCUGGGCCAGGUCAGUCUCCCUUUGCCACGGUGGUGGUGCAGUCUCCCGGUGAGCCUCGCUUCCCUGCUCUCCUUGCUGGACUGCAAGCUCCUUGGGGCAAGGACAUAUCCCCUGGCACUCUGAGCUACAUAACCCCACUGAGUGCGUUUGCGCACAUGUUCAAGUGAUCUGUAGUUCUCGCCGAAGAUUUUGCAACUGGCGCAGCGCUGUGCUUGCGGCAGUCCUGGGCCAGGAGUGCUUUUUUAUGUCAGGGGACCCUGUGGCGGGGGCAAUGCUCUUUCCCGAGAGCACCAGCAAUGUACGGCUUCUUGGACCUGCCAUUUUAAAUCGCACAUGGCGCCCUCACAGUAGCACGGUGGUUCCUCUUUCGCUUGAGCACAGACCUGUGUGUCAGAUGUGGCUGCCGGUGGUGCGGGAGGAGGAAGAGGAAGAGGAAGUGGGCAUUCGGUGGGCAGGCCAAAGGCACCCAAAGCUGUGGCCCAAACUUGAAGCACGCCAGCAUCUUCGUAGCAGGAGCCGCCAGCGUCUCGCUUCUGUACCUCUGCGUCAGGCGGAACUGGGCGGUUGCUUCAGGCAGCCAACGGUGCAGGGCGGAAGCGGUAGCAAGACGUUAGGGGGCAGAACGGCAUGCCCCUCCAGCCCGCCCUGAGCCCCCGCAGCUCUUCUGCCUCUGGAGAUGCUGUGCCCUCGCUCACCUGAAGAUUUUCAACUGCCCGUCCAUUUCCAACUGCGGACUAGGAGAAAGGGCCUUCCUAAACUUAAUCCCGGGGUCAAGGACAAGCCCUGCUUCGGGAUUCCUCCUCUCCACCCUGCCCCUUGCGACUAAAACACAGCGGCUUUUUCCAGGAACUUGGGUGAGAACGGCAUCUGUGCAUGGGCAGUGGCAGGGAGGAAUUUUCCUGGGGGAAAGAACAGGAAACAGCGAAAAAGGCCGGAUCAGCGCUGGAGUGGCAGAGUUGGCCCCGAGUCAAACAAUGACGGAGCAAAGAGCAGAGCAAACCAAGACAUCCUUUAUGCCUUGGCCUUCCUCGGAAGGAGUCAGGGGUGGCACGCAUAGACUUCGCGCUGUUUUCUCCUCACAACAACCCUGUGAGGUAGGCUGGGCAGGAGCUAUUCGUUCUCCCAUCUGCUGUCUCUUCAUCAGAUGCAUGUUCUGCUUUCCACAGUCAAGUCCUCAGCGCAGCCUGUGAGCCUCGUGGCUGACACAGGAACCGAUGAAACCGGAAGCCCGGAAGCCAGAAAUCCAAAACAGCUGGAGAGCUACUUUCUGCCCACUCUUUCUGACACCUGCAACUCUAAACUCUUUGACCUCAGUGGUGCGCAGAUGGUAAUUUCCAACUGCCUGAGACUUCAGCUCCUGGCUUUCCUGACCACUGGGCAUGCUCACCGGGGCUGCUGGGAGUUGGAGUCCCAAUCAACUGGACCCCCCCCCCAACAAAUUUGGGAGGGUCACUUUGCAGGGCCAACUGUGCUUGGACGGAGGGGAGGCUGAUGCAACGCUUCUGGCCCCCUGCUUCCAGAUAACUCUUCCCCGAUGGCUCCCCAGGCUGAACCCAAGGACUCGUUCCACUGCGUGGGGAUCAUUUUCUUUCUCCUUGGCCUGGGGACUCUUCUUCCAUGGAAUUUCUUCAUCACAGCCAUCCCGUAUUUCCAGGACCGGCUCAUUGUGGGGAAUUGCUCAGCCAAUGGGAAAGAUGGGAAUUGGACCUCGCAAGACCCGGGACCUGCAGCUCCCUGCAGGGAUGACUUUAACUUCGGCAACUGGCUCGCACUCCUGUCUCAGCUGCCGCUCCUGCUCUUCACCCUCCUCAAUUCCCUCCUGUACCCGUGCAUACCGGACAAAGUGCGGAUCUUGGGCAGCCUUGCCGGGAUACUAGUCCUCUUCGUGCUGACAGCCACCCUGGUCCGGGUGGAGAUGCCGCCCGCAAGGUUCUUCUCCAUCACCAUGGCGAGCGUCUGGUUCAUUAACUCUUUCUGCGCCAUCCUUCAAGGGAGCCUCUUUGGGCAGCUGGGGUCGUUUCCCCAGAGCUACAGCACGGUUUUCCUGAGCGGCCAGGGCAUGGCAGGGACCUUUGCCACGACGGCCAUGCUGCUUUCCUUGGCGAGCGGCCUGGAUGCCCAGACUUCCGCCUUGAGCUACUUCGUCACCCCCUGUGUCGGGACGCUGAUUUCAAUCGUCUGCUACCUCGUCCUGCCCUACAAGGACUUUGCCCGUCACCACCUGGACAAGAGCCGUGAGGAAGAGCCCGUCUGUGAGCUGGAGAUGAAGACUGGGCUGCUUUCCCCAGUAGAAGAUGGUGCCCUGGUUGUCCCUGACGGCCCGCAAGAGGAACAGCUAAACCAGAGUAAUGGAAAUGUGGUAGUGGAGCAGCGGGGCGUGAAAUGUCCCCCUCAGAAGAUGAAUGGAAACAGCGGGACGGGACUUGUUCCACCGAAACCGUCCAUCCUCGGGGUGCUCAAGAAGAUCUGGCAGCUGGCGCUCAGCAUCAUCUUGGUCUUUUCCAUCACACUUUCUGUGUUUCCUGCCAUCACGGCCAGCGUCUCCACCGUCUCCGAGAAUAAAACGUGGCAGAAGUUCUUCACCCCGGUUUGCUGCUUCCUGCUCUUCAACAUCAUGGACUGGCUGGGCCGCAGCGCCACCUCCUACUUCUCCUGGCCCGAGAAGCACCUGCGGCUGCUCCCGGGGGUGGUCGGCCUCCGCCUGUUCCUCGUCCCGCUUUUCCUCUUCUGCAACGUCAGCCCACGCGCCUCCUUGCCACUGCUCUUCCGCCAGGACGCCUGGUUUGUCCUCUUCAUGCUCGUCUUCUCGCUCUCCAACGGCUAUUUCGUCUCUCUCUCCAUGUGCCUGGCGCCCAAGCAGGUGCAACCCCACGAAAGUGAACUGGCCGGAGCAAUUAUGACCUUCUUUCUGGCCCUGGGUCUCUCUUGCGGGGCCGGACUGUCCUUUGCCCUCAAAGCUUUGCUUUGACGAUGCCACCAUGAAGCAAACAGUCUUUUGGGACUUGUGGGGGGUUUAUCCUCUGCCCCCUCAUUUCCUUGAAGCCCCCUCCGUGGGGCUGAAGGGAAGCGGAGGCUCCUUAGCCAUCUCCCGACGAAGGGAAGGGUUCCUUUUGUCUGCAUCGGGUUCGGCCCGUCGUCCUCUGUUUUUUGCGUAUCUUCCGGCUGACUCUUGGGUUUUUCUGGCAGGAGAGGGCAGAAGUGAGAAUUCGCAAGACCCCGCUUUAUGUAAGUUGAGGGGCUUGACCCGCAGCCAUUUCUGCUUGUAGGACCUACAUAAUGCACACAAAAAGGGAAACUUAGAAAUAUCCGCACACCUCACAUUUCUCUUCUUGACACUGGAAUCCAGGGAACAUUUGGUUGCAUGACACACAGUUACUUUCUGGGCUUUACGUCCCUCUGAAAGGUGAAGGAUAGAGAGGUGGAGAAAGGCAGAGGAAAGCUAAAUUCACCCUUCUUCCAACGUGAAUUGGCUUUGGGUAGCAAGAUAACCCAAAUUCUCUGCUUCCCCGUUCAAUUUCUCUCCUCUUGGUCGUGUUGAACGACUAAACCAUUUGUGGAAACAAGAGGACUAGUAAUUGCCUUCUUUGAAUGGGAAAAAAGCUCAAAAGACCUCAGGUUCUGUGGCAGCUUUUCUAAUGCACACUGAAAGAGCAAUUGAAUGUAUGAAAUUUGUUUCAGGCCUUCCUCCCACGCACAAAUCCUUGCAAGUAUUUCUGCAUCUUUGCCUGCCCCCCGCUGUUACGGUUUUAAAAUAUGCAAGAUUUGGAAACACAUAGGAAAAGGGAAAGAAAGAAAGAAAGAAAGAAAGAAAGAAAGAAAGAAAGAAAGAAAGAAAGAAAGAAAGAAAGAUGGUAAUAGGUUUCAUCAUGCCUUUUGAAACUGCAGUGUUUCAUUUUCUAGCAAAAUUUGUGGAAAAAAGCCAAGUUCAUUGUAGAGAAAGACAGAACUAUAUUAUUGUACACUGGUCUUUGACAACUUGAUGUUCUCCAGAUGUGUUAUUCUGGGGUUGAUGGGUGCUGUAAUCCAACGUAUCACCCUCAGCUGGGAGGGUGCGGUUUCAGGGAGAAUGGCAUAUGUUAUCUUUCUGGUAUUUCUGGGCAAUUCAGUAGAUUUAAGGAAAAUCAUUUCACAAUGAGCUUUCCAGGGAAAUGAUCUGGGAAUAUUGUGAGCUUGUUAAUGGUCCUUUGUUAGGUCCAGUCUCUGGCCUCAACUGAAUGCCUAGAGAUGUUUUUCUCAGCCUCUGACAGGAAAAAACCUUCAGUACAACUGACGUGCUUCAGCCUCGCUGUUGAUUUUAGCAAUAAUAUACAGAAUUGAUUGUGCUUCAGUGUAAGCUUCUGCGCUCUGCUCGUUCGGCUACGAGGAAACUCAGCAUCAGGAAGAGAAUGCUUUUGUUCUGCCUUUGAUUUUACACAACUCGAGUCUCCACAGGGAUGCGUGUGAGCCAGUCCGCACAGAUCCUCGUGCCGCACGUGUGUGAGGUCGUAAAGGAGUCACAAAAUACGCACAAAAUAUGCACAAUGUGAAGAGAGGCAUGGUCCCCUAGUCAGUUGCGUUUCCGAGGAAUGCCUGAACAGAGCUAGAAUUUGCUUUUAAAUAUGCCAGUAAAAAUGCAAACAGCCUGCAAUUCAAUUAUGGACCUUUUUUUGGUCUAAGCAUACAUAAAAUCGUACCCUUAGUGGCUUAGUAUUAGCUUUAUGAGAGAUCAAAGGGCAAAUGUGAUAACGUGUUGUUUCUUUUAAAGAGGACUGUAUAUUUAUGUUGUUUGUGAUACGAGUAAUUUUUUUAACCAGGUCUCUGCAGGCGAUUCUGUUGAAGUAGCAGCAGAAUUCAGAAGUUUUUAUUCUUUUUUUAAAAUAACAUUUCCGUUGCAUGUACAAUGUUGAAUCAUUGCUAUAAUUAGAGUUAACUAUGGAUUUCCCCACCGAGGUGACCUUUUUUGAAUUAAAAAACAAAACCAGACAAUG